AUCCAAUCAAAUUAGCUAACACAUAAAAGCAGCCAAUCAAAUUAAUGGUUAUAAAAUUAAUACAAAAACGUAAAAAGUUGUCAUAUUCAAUUUAAGACUCAUAUUAUUUCGCCGAUAUUCGCUCCAAUAUUUACAGCACAAUGGUGUCAUCUGAAGCUAUUCAGGCCAUGAAAACAAUGGCUGCUGACUCAAAGAAAAGGGCAGUCCUUGUGAAAGACACAACAUGUAUUGGGGGUCUGGUACUUGUGUUGUCCAAUGAGGACAACAGGAUUGUUAGGCUGGCAUUGGAGACAAUCCAGUUGUUGGCCGAGACGCCUGAACACCGGGCACUGUUACGGAACUUCAUUGGAAUGAUGGAGCAGAUAGAGUCUGUCAUUGACAAAAGGAGGCUCAUAUGUGUUGGCAGGAAGGAUGUGGAGCUGGAAGGCCUGGCGAGGGACGUGUACAACUGUCUGUCCUCCAGUGACACCACGACACCCCUGCGGGACACCUUCAACACAUCUAACAGCUCCACUACGUCCAGACGUAGCAGUAUGCAGAAGUCGUUCCAUGGAGGUGUGAGGCAUUCCAAGACAGUCAUACUUCAGCUCAAGGGGCUCCUCAACAAGUGUGACAGAGAUGUUUGUAUGCGGUUGCUGCUACAGACCAAGGGGGUGAUCAGCAUCACGUUUGACAUGAACAAGAAGAGGUGCAUUGUUCGAGUGAAACCCGACAUGAGACCUGAGUCGCUGGUUCAGGCCAUCGCCCGCACACAGAGUAUCCAAGCCCAGCAGGUGAUCAAGGCUGAGACAGGAGAGGAGCUGUUUCUGUCAUUUGGCCACCACCAAGAGGGGUGUGACAAGGAGAACAACACAACGCUGCGUGACAGGGAGAAUGACACGACCCUGCCUGACUACCUCCCCGACGAAGAGGAGGUCACGGUGGAUGACCGGGCACUGGCUCGCAACAAGGGGCCCUCCAAGUCAGGGGGGUGGCUUAGCACGGCUGCUAACUUCCUCACCAACUCCUUCUACUGGUGAGGUGCUUACAGUCUGGUUGAACUGGUGCUUAACUAGGUGUGAAUACUGGUUACAUGGAGGAUCAAUAUGUGACAGUGCAAAGUACUGUGAUAAUGCCAGUGUUUCAAGAAGUCAUUGUGACAGUUUGGCACUCAUUUAUAACUGUUUUGUAAUUGAAAUUGCGUUGUAUGUGCUGUAAACAAUUGACUUGAUUUAUUUUGUGUUAUGCAUAAAAGGUCAUAUUCUAUUGAAACUACAUACUGAUACAAAGUAAUUACGAGUUUAUUUAUUGAUGUGAAUAAGUGAUCAAUUAAUUUGAAGAAACCCAAAAAACUGUGUGAACCGUUUCAAACAUGAAAGUUACUUGGAUUAUUAGGUGAACUUUGAUGUCAUUGUUAGAAAAUAUUAUGAAGUAUAAUUUAGUUAUAUUAUAAAAUUAUAUACUUUCAUUAAAGGAUUGUUACUCAUAUUCAUAACAGAAAUAUUUCUUUCUUUUUGAGAGGAAUAUUGUUCAGAUGUUUUCUGGCAUAAAAUUAUCAACAUGUUUACAUUCUGUUACUCAUUUCCUUCUUCAUGUUUGUCUUGCUGUACUGUAUUCUGCAUGUUUCAUUUUCUGCAAGUGCACUCUUUCUUGCUAAGUGAUUGUUUUUGUUGUAGUUCCUUAACGUUUUCACUGGAGGUGAUUAAAAGGUUUAUCUCUAGUCCAUC